AGAUGGCCGCUACAUUCCCACUGUCAGCUGGAACGUAUUCGAUCAAUGGAAGAAAGUACCGAAAAACGGCUUAUAACCUGAAGGCUGACACGUCAUUUGAUCUGAAUACGGAUACGACAUUUGCAGAUACUCCGGAUAUCUACGAAGAUGAAGCAUCAGCUGAUUGUUUUGCUCCACCUGGUCUCCCUGAAUUGCGGAAAAGGGCAGCAAAAGCUAAGAUAGUUGCAAAAGCUGUGGAAACAAGUUCUAAGGAACCGGAGCCAACUGAAGAUGAUCGUAUCAAAGUGAUUGGUGGCAAGAAAUGGAUUUCUAGCAUUAAUGUGGCGCCCUGUUUUAUUGGAAAAUUGAUUGGAACAAACCGUCGAACUCUGAAUUCACUAGAAAACGAGACUCAAUGUCGAGUGAAGACGCCGAGGAGAAAUGAAAAUAUCGCUUGUGAAAUAUCUUCAAUUGUGAGCUUAGAAUGUGUUCAGAGGUGUUUGGAUCGAUUGGAAAUUUUUAUUGACGACUCGAGAAAGACGGCUCGUGUAAAUCACUUCGUAGCUCUGCCCUGCGACCAACAUGAGGUUCAAGAGAACUUCAAUAUUUUCAAGCAAAUGGUUAUGGAAAGCGAUCAUUUUGAUAGCUCGUGUAAAAAUUCGCAACUGUUCACAAAACCUACACGUCUUCAUUUGACCCUUUCCGUCGCUAGAAUUUUUGAUGAUAUGGAUCUACAAAAGGCCGUUGGUGCGUUCGAAAUUUUAGAGAAGGAAAUCAGACAAAUAAAGGAUUCGAAACCGUUGAUCGCAGAUAUUCAAGGAAUCGAUAUGAUGAAUGACGAUCCAUCACAAGUUUUCGUGCUUUAUGCGAAAGUGAAGGGAGAUAAAGUCCAAGAAGUGGCAAACUAUGUGAAUCGUCGCCUAAUCGAACUUGGAGUAAGCUCUAAAAACGAGCACGAUAAUGGAUCCGACGCCGUGAAGCUACAUAUGACUCUGAUGAAUUCAAGAUAUGUUACUCAAUCUGAAAAGUCUGGAAAAAGUAAAGAAGCCGCUUUGUUUGAUGCAAAACAAGUAUUGGAAGACUUGAAAGACUCGUAUUUCGGAACAUUUGAGUUGAAAGAGAUUUGCCUGUGCCCGAUGAGCUCGAAUUCGCAAACUUCUGACGGAAAAUUCUACGACAAGCUUGCAAUCAUCAAAUUGGCUUAAUCUAUUCUCACAGUCAUAAUUAUUCUUUAAAAUCUGAUAAAUCGUACGUUC